AUGACUCCAUCAUCAUCAACUUUGUUGACUCGUUCAGCACUCCAAUACUCUACAUUACAAAGAUCAAUGAUGUUGAUGAUGAGGAGUAGUUCAAUUACUACCAUUCAGAAUCAAUCAACACAACAGCAACAACAACAACAACAUAGACAAUAUUCACAACAUUCAAUAUCAGAUCAACAAUUAAAGGUUAAGAUACAAUAUCCAAAGAAGCAACAAAAUAAGUUACAAAUAUUCCUUCGACUGAUUGCCUUGCUGCUGGUUGGCAAGAUCAGCUUUGACACAGUCACAUCUCUCAUUGCCUACAAGAAGGGAUCACAACCCAAAGAAAAGUUCUUGUCCGACUCUUGGAACGAGGUGCUUCAGCAUGUCUAUGAGAUGGCUGUAAACAACCAAGAUGUGAUCAGAGAGCUUGGCUCACCAGUGACCAUGGGACCACCACCAGUUGGCUCAACAUCCCCAAUCACUCAAUUGUCACGCGAGGUGUUUGUUGGUAUUUUCUUGCCAAAGCCCACCAAGGACAUCCAAGGUUGGUUCCUCAAGCCACUCUCUCAGCUCAAUCAGGGCAAUAGCAACAACAACAACAACAGUGGUGAUAGUGAAACAAAGCCUGUACUGGUUCCACAACCAAAGUCUUUCAUUUCUUUCCCUUACUGUGAGGUCACUUCGGAAGUGGCCAUCCCGAUCAGAGGCAGCAAAGAUCCUUCCAAGACUGCCAGUCUAUAUGCUGUGAUCUAUGCCAACGAUGACACUUGGAGGAUACUAAACGCAUCUGUCAUUUACCCAUCAGUGUUCAUGAACUCCAUUCAGUUUCAUCUCCAAUAA